AUGUUUUCUUACAUAUUUCUUGUAUAUCUGUUUCAAAUUUCUUUAUCAAUUCAAAUCGAUGAACAAUGUUCAAUUCGUGAUACUUGUUUCAAUCAAUCGACUGCAUCACCAUUGGUCUAUGAUCAUGAAGAAUUCAUUCAAGAACGAAAUUGUUUCUGUGAUCCAGUUUGUCAACAAUAUGGAGAUUGCUGUGGUAUCAAACAAAACACCGCAGCAAAUAAAUACGAAUGCAUUGACUUUCUUUUACCAACAAUUACGAAUAAAAGUAUUCCAUUCCAUCGAUUAAAUAUCUGGAUGCGAACAGAAUGUUUACCUAUAUACAUUGGUUCACCAGUUGACAAACAGUGCCGAAAUUUGAACGAUCAAUCGUUUGUAGAUAAUCCCAGUUUAUUCAUACCUGUCACAAGUCUACAAACAAAUAUCACGUAUCGAAAUUACUAUUGUGCCUUCUGUAAUAAUGAUGUCAAUGGAGAGAUACAAUUUUGGGAAUAUAAACCAUUCUGUCAUGGAGAUGGAAGUGAGAAAGACAAUGUCAUAUUAGACGAUGAUGAAAAACUACAAUACUAUGUUCAUACGUUAACACGAAAUUGUCUGAAAACGAUUGUCUAUCCACAUGAACGAGGAACUAGUCGACCAUCAGUUUUCAUUCGUCCUUGUAAAAAACCUUUACCAGCCACUUGUCCACUAGACGCACCAGUUAAUGUCGCACAAAAAUGUUCAACAUUCGGCACGGCAUAUCGUUACCGUAAGAAUUCAACUGUAAUCUACAAAAAUCCCUUUUGUGCUCAAUGUAACCAUUUGAACGAAAGUGAUGAAACCACCUGCUUAGAUCCAACUUUGCGUUCUGCCCUGCCACCUUUAACACUCAUACGUAUUCAUCCAUUGUCAAUCCUAUUCGAUCCGAAUCUUCUCAAUCGAUAUAUCAAUAAUAAUACAAUACCUCGAAUAAUUUAUUCGAUUAAUUACAACUGUACGAAUGCGAAUGAACUUUACGACAUAUUCGAAAAACAAUGUCUGCCAGUGAGCAACUCGUAUGAUGAAUUUAUCAUCUCAAUGAAAUGCACAUAUCCCAUACAAAUUUCUCUACAAAACGAUGAGAAACUUUAUUAUCAAAACGGAAGUCUAUUUUUGAUCAAUCAGGGAAUACUUUUACUCAAUGAUGAAUACGUUUUCAUUAGUGACAAUCGCAUUGUCUUCUGUGCUGACCGUUGGACAGAUAUGUAUUCCUCGCUAACCAACGGCUAUUCAUUUCCAAUCUAUCGGAAUGUUUUAUCAAUCAUUUGCACUUCGAUAUCUCUUCUAUGUCUAUUGAUUUUCGGUAUCAUAUUUUGGUUGGUGCCAUCAUUGCAUAACUUACCGGGAAAAUGUUUAUUAUUUCUCUCCAUUUCAUUAUUUAUCGGGCAAAUCACAUUUAUUUCCAUGUCGAAUCUAACUCGAAAUUAUUCGCUUUGUUUUGCAUCAGCUAUCUUAAUACAUUACUUUUAUUUAUCCUCAUUUUUCUGGUUACUAAUUAUCUCAUUGAAUAUUCAUUCAACAUUUCAUCAUCAUCAAGCAGUUCAAACAACAAAAUCAUCUAAAAUUAAUCUACAUUUGAUCGCAUACAACGUUAUCGUUUGGUGUUUAACUGGAAUUAUCAUCCUCAUUGCUUGUCUAAUCCAAUUCACUCAUCCGCAAUCGAGCUUUUCUCCUGCCUAUGCUUCCAUAUUUUGUUCAAUCUCUCGAGCAAAUGCAAUGAUCGUCUUCUUUCUCCUACCCAUCGGCUGCAUUCUUUUAGCAGUCGCUGCUCUUUUCAUUAAAACUCUUCUGGCAAUCUAUCGUUCUCAUCGCAUAGCUAAAUUCGCGAACAAUCCAACAACGCCAUCCAAUACUAGAGAUACAAAUUUGACGUUUGUCUAUGUACGUUUAGCAUCAUUGAUGGGUAUACAAUGGAUUUUAUUGGUGAUUGCAUUGGUUAUCGGUCAAACAUGGUCGUGGGUUAUCUUUGAAAUAGUCAAUUCUCUUCCGGGUGUAUUCAUUUGUUUUGGCUUCUUGUUUUCCAAGCGUGUUUGGAAAAUCUUGAAAGAUAAACUUUCCACAGAAUUGAUCGCCCGACGACAAUCAUCGCGAAGUAAUACAACGACAUCGACAAUGAUAGCAUCACCGUCGUUACCGCCGAUAAAUCCAUCGAAAAAAUUUCAUUUCUAA